GGGACAUGCUGGUAAACUAAUACUGUACACAGAGGAUGCAUUAGGAUUAUAGAAUACCUGGCUAACAUGGAGCACUAUAAGGGUGGAGCACAGCAACAGAUCCUUCAUCUCUGAUUAGAUGGUCAUUCAGAUCUUAAGAUUGAACCAUGGGCCUUAGUGGACAGGAUGGUAAUCUGUGUCUCCUCACUCCUAUUGGGUAUUAGCUCUCCACAAGCAGGGCUUAAGAUCAGGGUUUUUAGAAGCAAACAACCUGCUUUUCACUGUGCUAACCUGACAGUCACAGACCAUUGGCAACAUGAGAGCUGACCAUGUCUUUCUGCUGCUGGGCCUGUUCCUCACCCUCCUUGCUGCUCACAGUGAGGCACUACAGUGUUAUACCUGCAUGGGCUCUACAGAUGAAGACUGCAAUCGCCAGGGCUCCAAAACAUGUCCGAGCUACUCAGAUGCAUGUGCUAUUGUCCGAGGACAUGGCAGUAAGUUAAAUGGUGGUGUAAUGAAGUCAUGCUCUUACAAAUCCUUCUGCAGCCAGGCCAACAGCCAGGGCUACAGAGCUCCAGGGGUGAAAGUUCAUUGCUGCUACUCUAAUGACUGCAAUGUGGCUGGACACGCUACUAGAAUCAGCACAGGGUUUCACUUCCUUCUGGGGUUUCUGUUAUGCAUCUGGCAUUUAUUGUGAAAAUCAUGUUGCCCUUGACAAACUAACCUGGUUAUUAAACUCCAUUACCACUGUGGAAUUUGACGGAACUUUGUAUACCAUGUGAUUGUUGCCAUACGUACUGACAAAAUGAAUCAUACCAUACCGCAAAUGUCAGCAAGUACUGCCAUGGAAUUGUGCAUACAACAAACACUCACAUCUAUAUGCAAGGACAAGUAUAAGUAUGGUCAAGCAAACACAUGUAAUGGAUAAAGUACAGUUAGCUGGUCAUUAUUGCAAAAUAAACCUUAACAGGUUGUUCAGAACUUGGUUUUGUAGAAACCCAAAGGGGUUUAUUUUGUAAUAGUGACCAACUGACUGUACUUUAUCCUAUUUAUUA